AGAUGGAUUUUGACCGACAUUCUGCAAAUGUUCUCAUCAAUGAAAUAUUUGAUCUCAAUACAGUUUUAUGUUACCAAAACUAAAAUCGGUUACGAAAAGAGUGGACAAUUCUUUGUAGAAUUUACCCUUUGCCAAAGUAUUGAAAAAUCGCUAUAUUUAGGAGUUCGAAGGGCGAUUUGAGUUAUUGCACACGCGCACUUCAGAGUAGGCGUUCCCUAUCAAUAAUAGUAUACGUUCUGAAACACAGCAAUAGGAUCUUGGUAGCUCAUGCUUGGCUCUGCCCACUCCUUGCUUGUUCUUCCCACUAUGACUAUUUGUUUCCCCAUUGGAUCCGACAGGCUGUGGUUUAUCUUGGGUUAGUUAUAAAAAAAUAUGUAGCGCCAUCUUGCGGCUGUUGAAAUAUAUACUUCCGUUCGUUCAUGCAGAGUUUACAUCCGGAACGAUUGGUCACAACAAUAACAACAACAACCACCACUCAUCAUCAUCAUCAUCAUCAUCAUGGCAGCAGCUGGCGCUGACAUGAAGCCCCUUCAAAAUGCCAUGAAAAUAGCUAAAGUAGCUAUACAAUUGGACGCAGGGAACCGACAUAAGGAAGCUUACUGUGAAUAUUUGAGGAGUAUCAACUUCAUCUCCCACUCACUUUUGGAGGAUGCUGUAUCGAGGCAGGGAGAGAUAGUAGCAGUAGAGGUGGAAAAGAUGUUGAGGCUGGCUGAGCAGUGUUUGGAGAGAGCCAAGUCCUCCUUCAUAGGAAGGAGAGAUGAACCCGCAACCCCUACCUCCUACACCACACCUAUCAACUUGGCAGCGCUCAGCCUGACCACAACCUUAGCAGUAAGCCCUGGAAAGAUUGUUUCGCCACAACCACAAGAGCCGGUUAUUUACUCGGGGCCUAAACAUAACCCCAGGCCUGGACAGCGCAGAGUUCUCUCUGAGGGUGGAGGGGAGGUCACCACCUUCCUGCCCCCAGAAGUCUUCCAGAGUUUGCAGAUAGUGGAGUCACAGGAUACCAGGAAGGAGCUUACACCCAUAGAGGAGGCCUCACGGUUGAACCAGAAGUUGAAAGAAAAUUAUGAAGCUCGUCUGGCACGACUCCCCCCUGCUCAGGCCCGUACACAGAAGACUUCCCUGACUCUCUCUCUUCAGAGGCAGAUGAUGGAGAACCUGAUCAUUGCCAAGGCCAGGCAAGAUGCUCUCCAAAGGAAGAUGGAGGAGAGGAGACUGCGGCUGCAGGAGGAGGCCAACAGGAGGUUUGCAGCGUCUGGAACAAUUACUGCAGAAGAACAGGAGCAACGUGUUCUGUACACAAAUGUUUUGGAAUAUGAACAAGAUCAUGACUGGCCCAAGCUAUGGAAAGCCAACAUUAAGAAAAAUCCUGAUGAUGCCACAUUGGUGUCCGGCCUUGUUUCAUGUCUUCUCAGCUGUCCAGACCAUCCUGUGAUGAUGCUACUGAAAAGGCUCCAGUACAGAGUUUACAACAGGCUCUACCCAAUCGUGAGUAAGAGUCUCCCUGCAAGUCCUGCCCUGCCCAUGAAACCCUCCCACAGCGCUCAGAGCCUGUUGAUGUCAGACUCUCAUCAGAACGCGUCAAAAUCAGAAGUGGGCCACAGUAUGUCCUCCGAUGCCUCUCUCAAUAUCUCCUUCUCCCAUGACCAUAUUGCUGAGGAUGGGGAUGGGCCCCAUACACUGGACAGGGAGAAUUCGUUUGAGGAUCUGGAGCAGUUUCUGACACAGCUGGACUGGGCUCCAUCACAUGGGGACCCUGAUGUGACCUUUGAACAGUCACAGUUGGAUCAGGAGGAGUCUCUCGUUCAGGACUUGGAGAUGCGUGAUCUCAAAGAACACCUCAAGGCUAUUGUGAAGGACAUCCAUAUUGCCAUUGAUCAACUGCUGUCGCUAUGUCUGCUCUCCUUUGAGUGUCUGAACACAGCCAGUUCUAAGGACCUGUGUGUGGCCAGCAUAGAAGAAGCCUUCUUCACUCCCCUCUGGAGCUCUUUGUUGGCUCUCUUCAGGAAGGUCCACAGAGAGAGGGAGCUGUGCUUUGAGUCCAGUAUGAGGCUGUAUCGGGAUGCCUUACCUGGUGAUGUUGGUGUCGCAUCGAAACUGUACCCCCAGGACCCUGUCGUGCUGCAUGGUUCCUACCCCUAUGACUCGGCAGUGCAGGAGCUUCGCUUGCUGUGCAGAGAUUGCUGUCCCCAGAGAAAACUGGAGUGCAUUGUUCGGACGUUGCGUCUGAUCUGUGCUUGUGCUGAGGACUACUCCUGCCUUCAUGAGGCAGAAUCCAAAACCGCAGCUAUCGGGGCAGAUGACUUGUUGCCCAUCCUCUCCUAUGUGGCUCUGCGCUGUGAGCUGCCUCAGCUGGUGUCAGAGUGUGCUGCCCUGGAGGAGUUCAUUCAUGAAGGGUAUCUGAUUGGAGAGGAGGGCUACUGCUUGACCUCCAUGCAAAGUGCUCUGCAAUAUGUGGAGUCAUUGCACACAGGAGGAUUUCAGCUGCACAACACUAAAUUCACCUGAUACAGGAUGAAGAUUUGUUUAGAACAGACAUAGAGAGCGGUUGGGGCAGUGUUGACCUGAUGGGUCUGUGUGCUGGAGGCCUGGCAGGGAGGAGGGCAGAUGGCUGGAUUGUUCAGUGUUUCCGGACCAGAGGAGAAGACAUGCCAAUGCGAAUCAGGAGGAGUCCAGACAACCGCAGAGGACUUUAACUUUAAUGCAUAACUCGCGCUCACUGUGUGUCCCCUUGAAUCCCUUCAAGUCCACUUACCUUGUCACCCACAUGCAAGCUGAAAUCUCAGUCAGAGCUCGGAUCCUAUCAGGACCCAUUAUGCCGUAACAGACUACUCAGUCCCAGCCUCCUUGGCAGGAUACACUGCUUCAUUCCCAGACAGAUCCUCGCAACCCCUCUUCCACUUCCCCUCAUAACAGCCUAUUACACGUACACACCCCAUGUGGUGCUGACAUCCAUUAUACAAGGAGUCUAUGAAACAAGAACACCUGAGUGGGCUCCCAAAUGGUGCAAUCAAGGGUCUGAAAUCAAACCGGACCCUGGUUUGAUUCCAGGCUGUAUUACAAUUGGCCCAGUGUCGUCCGGGAUUGGCUGGGGUAGGUCGUCAUUGUAAAUAAGAAUUUGUUCUGACUUGCCUAGUUAAAUAAAAAAAUAAAACCUGCUCUUUCCAUGACAUGGACUGCCCAGGUGAAUCUACAGUACACAGAUUCGUUGUAACCCUUGACACAAACACCUCAUUCAACUCAUUGAGGGCUUGAUUAGUUGAAGUUGAAUCAGGUGUGCUUCUCCAGGGUUACAAUUCAAAUGUGUAAUGUUGGUGUUACUGGAGGACCAGGGGUGGGAAACACUGGUGUACGGUACAGGAGGAGCUGGAGGUGAAGCAGCGGAAUGUACCUCUGGUGGCCAGACCUGAGUUCAAAUACUAUUUCAAUUUAUUUUCAAUAGAUGUCAAAACAAGUAUUCAGAUAACCUUUAUUUGAAGAAAAAAAAAAAACAAGUAGUUGAAUAUUGGAAUGUAUUUGUAAAUGCUCUGGGCGCGUUUAGAGCGGAUUACUUUUGCCUUUUCAAAGUUUGUUGCAUUAUGGGGAUAGAAAUUGUUUGACUUGCGCCCACAUGUUGACUGCAAACAUCAACUGAUCAAAGGUCAUGAAAUUGUGACUGCAGUUGACUGCAGGUUUAUGCAGUUGAUCAGUACCAGCUUUAUCCUGCAGCCAUCGCCUGCAUUGUUGACUGUUGUCAGCUAAUCAUUUGGGUGUUUUUGUUUGACCCAGAACAAAUGUGACCAACGACAUGAAACAGGAACCAACUUUGUAAACAGUGGAUAUGUACAAAUGAAUGUGAUAUCUGAUGUUUUUCGUCAUUGUUUAUGAAAGAUUUUAUUUUAUAUGUUGCACUGAGCCUUGCUGUUGGAAAACCCCAUCAGUGUCUGACUUUCAGCUGUAGCAGAUGCACCUCCCCCGACUUCACUCCUCCACCUCUGUCUACAGUCGGUUGCUUUAGUCUUACCGCUCAAACAAGCCCACUGACUCAAAUACACUCCCAUGCAUUAAACCCAGGUAUUUACUUUCAUAUACAAUUUGGUCGACUAUUUGUUUUUUUCAAAUAACCAUUCAAAAACUCAAAUAAAAGUACUUGUUUUGGGCUAUGUAUUUGAAAAUACUCAGAUACACAGAAAAAAUAUAUUUAAUAAACAAGUAUUAAAGUACACAUGCACUGUAUUUGAACCCAGGUCUACUGGUGGCCUGUUAUACCAGCCUAUAACCCUGUGUGGGGUACAGUGUACUGGCACUAGAGUGUGAUCUAUACCAGAGGGUGCAGCAGUAGGAAGCCCUAGGUUGAGAUAGUUGGGCUGAACUUGACAGGCGGCCUGGAAAGUAUGAAUGACAGCUACCCAGUGCAUUUGUCUGCUGACAUUACUGUUCAUGUCAACAUUGGAAACUAAUCAUCUGAUAAAAUGUAGUGUGUGUGAGGCCAUGCCCUGAUGAUGCUGGCGUGAGAUCAAACUGUCCUCUCCAUCUCUCUCUGACCUCAGAGCUGGCCACACAUUUGAUUAAAGUCUGUGGAGUGUGUGAGCCUGCAGAAAGGUCUCCAAAAACACCAAAUAACCAUAUUUUUUAAAUAGAUACAGCAUUAAACAGACAAAUCCCUCUGCUCUCUCUUUCGUCACACCACUCCAAGAGUUGUUUCCCUGUCUGUCGUAUGUGGACCGGACCACACACACACCCACCCACAUUAUUGUAACUGAGAUUCAUUGUAACAAAGAAACACAAAUACUUGCAGGUAUUUGUUCAAAAUGUUAUUUUCAGAGUUUCCCAGAAUGUAUCAAGUAAAUCUGUUGCCUGCCAGUCUGUCUCUCAGCCUGACUGUAUGUUGUGGUGUAUUUUGGCCUGUGAAUGUGAGGCAUGUGGGUUUUUUUUAUUGAAAACUUAAGCUUUGGUAAGCACUUGCUACAAGGGGAGCAUGAUACUGCCAAGGUCUCAUAUUUGUUUUUCCAUCUGUUUUAAUAUUUCAAUCCCUUAACUGAUUCACGUGUUUUAAAGUGGGAUGGGUCAGUCCAAUGUUUUAUGAAACCAGAAAAGAAAUGUGAUGCCCACUUCUUAACUGUUCUACCUUGCUUGUUAACAUGACAUCUGGUAUAGGCCCAGCCCAGGAAAUAAUAUCUUAAACUUAACUAGUGCAAUUCAUCAUUUGCAUUUCAAUUGUUUACAGUACUUAUUCAAUUACUUUAAUGAUAUAUAAAGACAGCUGUAUUUCUGUCUGCUCUGGUUCCUUUUAUUUAAUGCAGAACUACAUUAUUUUCUACAACAGUUUCAGUGCCUCUUAGUGAUAUGUCAAAUGAGGUCAGGUGCCAUACAACCUGCAUAGUGCUCUUUGUGAGGGAGACCCUCCUAUUUGACUGAUCUGUGACCCACUGAACACUUAAAAUACUGAUGUUACAUCUCUCUGUAAUUUUGUAAUACAUUUUAAAAAAAUACCUUCUCACCC